AAGUUCUAAUUUAGCCCAACAACAAAAAAUCAUCAUCUAUGUUUCAUAUAUGAUUAAGGUUUAAGCCAGGUGAAGGAGGCGUGUCAUAUACUCCAACGGGGGGUGCCAAAACAAUAAAACGGGACGUUUGAUAACGGAGAAGUUCCGUUUCCCCCUUUUUCAUGUUUUAGAACCCUAAUUUCGUGUUCUGUCAAAACUCUAAGCUCUUUUCCUCCCAAUUCUCUCUGGUUUAAGGUUAUUGUCUGAAAUGGCAUCGGUCUCUAGUCAGCAACAGUUCCGGUACACCCAACCACCAUCGAAGGUGCUUCACUUGAGAAACUUGCCAUGGGAAUGUACGGAGGAGGAACUGAUUGAACUUGGGAAGCCAUUUGGGAAUGUUGUGAACACAAAAUGCAAUGUUGGUUCGAACCGAAAUCAAGCUUUUAUUGAAUUUGGAGAUUUGAAUCAAGCCAUUGCAAUGAUAUCUUACUAUGCCUCAUCGUCGGAGCCUGCACAAGUACGAGGGAAAACUGUAUAUCUGCAAUAUUCAAAUAGGCAAGAAAUAGUGCAUAACAAAACUGCUGCAGAUGUUGCUGGAAAUGUAUUGUUAGUAACGAUUGAGGGUGAAGAUGCACGUCUUGUCAGCAUUGAUGUCUUGCACUUGGUCUUUUCAGCCUUUGGAUUUGUCCAUAAGAUUACCACUUUUGAGAAGACAGCGGGAUUCCAGGCACUGGUUCAAUUCUCAGAUGCAGAGACUGCCACUUCUGCAAAGGAUGCUUUGGAUGGAAGAAGCAUUCCCAGGUAUCUGCUCCCUGAAAAUGUGGGACCAUGUAACCUCAAGAUCACAUAUUCUGGACAUUCAGACUUAACAGUGAAGUUUCAAAGCCACAGGAGCAGGGACUAUACCAAUCCUUACCUUCCUGUUGCUCAAUCAGCCAUUGAGGGAGGUGGACAGGUCAUGGUUGGUUUGGACGGGAAAAAACUGGAGACUGAGAGUAACGUUCUUCUUGCAUCUAUUGAGAACAUGCAGUAUGCUGUAACAUUGGAUGUCUUACAUAUGGUUUUCUCUGCUUUUGGGCCUAUCCAAAAGAUUGCAAUGUUUGAUAAGAAUGGUGGUUUACAAGCUUUGAUUCAAUAUCCAGAUACUCAGACAGCUGUUGUGGCCAAGGAAGCCUUGGAAGGACACUGCAUAUAUGAUGGAGGAUUUUGCAAGCUUCACCUCUCGUAUUCACGUCAUACAGAUCUUAGUAUAAAGGUCAACAAUGAUAGGAGUAGAGACUAUACCAUUCCUCUUAUACCUGUUGUGAACACUCAGCCCUCAAUUUUAGGGCAACCUGUUCCCAUGAUGGGUCCUCCUGAUCAGCAAUACAAUGUGUCUCAGUAUACUCCAAUUUCUGACCCAGCUAUGAUACCUCAAUCUCAGGCAGGAUGGGGAGCAGCUCCACCAGCAGUUGCUCAAUCUAUGCCACUGCAGAUGCACAAUAAUAUUUACAUGCCACCUGGAAAUGUGCCACCACAAAUGCCACCUGGAAAUGUGCCACCACAAAUGCCACCUGGAAAUGUGCCACCACAAAUGCCACCUGGAAAUGUACCACCACAAAUGCCAUCUGGAAACAUGCCACCAGGAAUGCAAUUUUCAAAUCCUGGUAUGCUACAACCGGCAGCCACAAUGCCUGCAUAUGGAUCUGAUCGCAUUCAAUAACAUGCUCAUCUCCUUUGUCUCAAUUAGAUCUACAUUCGGUAAGAGUCAGCUGGCCUCUGUAGCAGAGAUUUAAAUUAGGGUUCCCAUCUGGUGAAACUGGCGGUUUCCAAUGUUGUUUUGAACCUCAAAUAGGCAAAUUUUCAUUUUUCUUUGUUAUUUUUAUAUUUCGAAUUUGCUGUGCAAUUGUCCAAAAACGUUUAGUUGGCUUAGUUUUGAAACAAAAUGUUUUGUUCUGGUCUGUUUGGAUUAGGUCUGGAUAUAAUUAAUGUGUUUGGGAAAUGGUAUUUUAGCAAGCAUUGGAUUGUAAGUACUGUUGUUUUU